AUGGAUAACGAAGUUCCUCUCCCCCCACCACGACGACUGAGACACCGUUCCCCGGCACGCGCAAACCCAUCGGCACCAGGUUCGGUCGCAUCAUCCUUCCGCAAGUCGCGCCGAUUGUCGCGUUUCGAUGACCGCUCGAGUCAACCUUCCAGUGACACGGCGCUCUUUUCUAGUGAUGAUGUUCCUGCAUCUGGGCUAGAGAAUUAUAAUGCGCCAGUAUCUGGGCCGGGGCGCAAGCGUCGUUAUCGAGGAACCUGGUGGGGAGAGCAAGUUCAGGAUCCAAAGCGAAAGAGGGCUGAUUUCAAGGAGAAACGUAAUGUGGACAGUGGUGUCUGGAUGGGCAGCGAUGAGUCUGUCGCCGAGUCUCUUCUGACCUCCGAAGAUUCGCCAGCUUGGGGAGAGGACCUCUUGAAGACGGUGUUGGAUCCUCGCGCAUCAGGAAGAGCUCCUACUGAGCUGCCUUUCUUAAGAGGGCCAGUGCCAAUUCCUGCGCCGUCCUGGCAAAUCGUCGCGAAUGGAAAUGAUGAAUCAGAAGAGCAUCAAUUUGCGAGAAAAGUGGUCAAUGACUGUCUUGAAAAGGGCGAGGAGAGUAUCGACCUGGGAAAUCUCAACAUGAAGACUCUUCCCAAAGAUAUGGUUCAAUCACUACAGCAUUUGACGAAGCUUCCCUCUAUGCGAGAACCUCCGAUAUCAGAGAAUGCCUACUUCUCGCUUCAGCCUUUUCUGCGCAUAUAUCUUCCUAACAAUUCCCUCGCGACGCUUCCCAGAGAGCUCUUUGAGUUGAAGGAUCUCAGGGUACUUAGCUUACGCAGUAAUAAGCUCACCUCCAUUCCCUGCACAAUCCGGGAUCUCACUGCGCUUCAAGUUCUGAACCUCUCCGUCAACCGGCUCUCUCACCUCCCGUGGGAGCUGCUGGUUCUUCUUCAAAAGGGAGAACUCAAACACUUUACGCCACGCCCGAAUCCAUUCCUUUUAAUUGAAGACGCCGACAUCGUCGAGUGGCAUCGUAAACCCAACGAGAUCCCAAAUGAAAAGGACAGCAACAGUUAUGACGAUGAUGACAAUAAAGACAAUAACGACGAAGGAGAUAAGGAGCUCCUGCAAAGCCAUGUUACCUUCACAGAAUACGAGGGCACUCCACCAGAUGAGGCCUGGGCCGCUAUUCACGUAGCGACAGGUCCAAUAAUCCUGUACAAUAUGGAUGGCAAGCCUAUCAGGAAUACCCAACCCACCAGGCUAGCAAAGGCACAACAAACACCAUCCACAAAUGCUCCAUCUUUACGCGAACUAUCUCUUCGAGCCCUAUGGAAACAUCCUGGCCUCGAUUCCAUCACAGAGGAGGAAAAGCUCGAGUUUCCAUCCCUUGUGAUUCCGUUGCUGAGUCUAGCACAAGACGUUCGCGCAGACGGAGGGUGGUAUUGCUCAGUGUGCCAGCGGGAGUUUGUGAGUCGUCGUGCGGAAUGGAUGGAGUGGUGGGAUUGCACUCCCCACGAGAAUGGCAUGAAGCGGCCGAGGGCUUCUGGAGAGAAGAUGCGCCCCUUGCCAUUCAAACGAUAUGGCUGCAGCUGGGCCUGCGUGCCGGACUCGCAGCGUGUGGAUUAG